UGAUCCAUGCACCGUGAACGUUGAAAGAGGGACCAGGUGUGCAUCUGCAUUUCGUUUGGCUGAAGUUCGUUACUAUUACGGCAGCAGUAUUUGCACCCUCGUGUGUGUCCCCUACGUGAUGUCAUUUGCCGAUAUUUCCGCCUCAACCGACCAACGUGCUGAUACUUUCAGCUUUACUGAGGCGGAAAGGAAAAGGAUACUGAACGCCGCACAAGCAUUACCUUCGAUAACACCGGCGGGCGACGCUGAAAUCUUGCGUGAGCUGGAAAGGCUAAAGAGGAGAGAGGUAGCAUGGACACUGCACUCCUCUACUUUGUCCGAGUAUGCAAAGGUACAGAGAAUACCUCGGGGGUUAAGACUACACAUAAAGCCAGGACUGUUCCGGGAGGACAAGGAUUUUGUCUCCAGAUGGCAGUGUAUCCUAAACAAAUGCAGCCUCGAUCUCAUCACUCUAACUGUGCAGCAGCUGCAAAACGGCUUGCGGGAAACUCGCCAGCAAAUACAUACAGCAGAGGAGGAACUCAAGGCCAAGGACACGAUGAAUACUGUCAAAACGACGCUUGCAGAGCUUCAGGUGAGGAUAGAUACACUCGAACAGGAAAUCCUUCAAUCCAAAUUGCGCAAAUUCAAAAGAGAUACAAAAGAUUACGAGAGGGGGGAGGUGUAUACAUGGAAAACGACAAGGAAGGCCCAAUAUACAAGACAGCCCAGAUCAACAGGGGACUUGGAAGGAGCCUACUCUCAACAAUCCUCGGAUUCAGAUUCUAUUUCUGGCACCUCUGCACAAUCCUCACCGGCUUUUUUAGGCCAGCGCCAAAGCAACACAAGAGAACCAGGAGGGGCAAAAAAACGCCAGCCAGCAGCCAAGAAACAACAAAAACUGAGAUUCUCCUAAGUUGAUAAUUUUUUCGUUAGAAAAGGAAAGGUAUGAUUAAUUCUUUCCUAUAUUGUUUAAAGAAUCCUUUUGAGUAUUUUUUUCUUUUUUGAUACGAUCUACUUAUAACAAAAUAAUGUGUGAACAAAUGUUUUCAAACUUUUCAGGGGUUUGGACUUUAUUGUGAAUAUUGGAUGGACUCUGGACUUUUAUUAUAAUCCAAGGAUUCCUGUUGAUUGUUCUUGAUUGAUAUGUAAAUUUUUUCUUAAUAUGGGGGUGUUGUUUAAAAAAUUUUUUUACCUAUUUAAUGGUGGAAGUGGGAGGCACAGAUCACCUGACGAAGGGGUACGCCCCCGAAACGUUGUAACCUGUUUGGCUUGACAUUAAACACGGGUAAUAACCCU